UUCGGAGGCAUCAAUCUAUGGAUUAUUUGAUCAUUACAUGUCUGACAUAAGCACGAUAAAUGCAUCUGUAUGAUAUACUCCUAUUGAACAAACCAUCUUUAGUCGUGUGCAGAUGUCGAGGAAAUUGAGAUUCAAGUGCUAAUUCAAUUUGUAUACCCGAAUAUUACAUGGCACCGUAACAAAAUACUUAACGAUAUAGUAUUCAUCAGAUACGUUUAAUCCCGAAGUUGGCCAAAGUAUUAAAACGGACAGGCGUAUAAAGCUCAGCAAGGUUUUAAACCAUUUUGUUGAGGAUUGUCGGAGAUGGAGAAGAUUAUUCGCGAUCAGAUGGGGUUGAUGACUUUAGAGGAAAUCCCCAACCGUGGGGGAGGGUGCAUCAACCAAUGCAAGAGUUUCCAGACUGAGAGAGGAAACUUCUGUGUCAAGAUGAACACCAAGAGACAGACAAGGACGAUGUUCGAGGGCGAGAAGGCGGGCUUGGAGGCCAUUAUAGCCACGGGAACGGUUCCAUGUCCGAGGCCUUACGAUAUUUAUGACAACGAUGAUGGCCCGGGGUCUAUCUUCGUUAUGGAACAUCUUGAUCUCAGAAAUCUAGACCAGCACGCUGCAGCGUUGGGUGAAGCUGUCGCAAGUUUGCAUCUGCACAACAGUCGUCUCAUGUUGAGAGAGAAAAAGAAUGAUGGGAGAAUAGGUGGUUCUCAUCACGUGUCGUUGGAGGAGAAUGGGGAAGAAGAGGAAACCCAACGAUCUAUCUCUCAGUUUGGAUUCGGUACCACCACCUGCUUGGGAUACUUGGCUCUGGAUAAUACAUGGUCCGAUGAUUGGGUGGAUUUUUUCGUCCGCCAAAGAUUAAAACCUAAAGUGGAUUAUAUUGAGCAAAAAUGGGGGGACCGCACGCUGAUUGAACUGUGGCCGCGUCUUGUGCGGCAUAUACCGCGGUUAUUCCGCGGUAUCGACCGCAUCACCCCAGCCUUGCUGCACGGCGACCUACACGGGGGAAACGUUGCCGAAACAGCGACUGGCCCAGUGAUCUACGAUCCCGCCUGUUUCUACGGGCAUCACGAGUUGGAGCUGGCAGCGACCCGAGACUUUGUCGACUUCAACCAAGAAUUCUUUCCAGCCUACCACAGACUGAUUCCUAGAGUAGAAGGCUUCGACGAGCGGGAAAAACUCUACAAAAUAUUCUGCUAUCUCUUUAACUGGCCCCCAUGGGAGACCAACUGA